AUGCUACAGAUACUUCAAGACGCACGUCAGAGGGCAGCUCAGGAAGAGUCUGAUCAGCGUGAUGGCAUCCAGAACAAAGAAUCAGGGCUUUUCCAAAGACCAAACUUCGACCAAGCUUGGGAAAAUACGGAAGGCCCCGUCCAUGUUGAGGCACUCUCACUUGUGGCAAAGCAGUGUGAAUCGAAGAUGAAUACAUUGUUGCAGAGUAUGCCACCAUAUUUGGUCGACAGAAUUCAAAAUUCCAACUUGACUAUCAAAAAAACAUGUGAGAUGGAUGAAGAAAGUCAGCUGGAGGGAGACUUUGCAACACAAGUGACUAAAAUUGUUUCCCAAAUUAGAUUGCCUCUGCACUCACAAAAGAUCAGAGAGGCUUGGGCAGGUGUAGAGGAGACGGCUUCAUUAAUUGAGGAAAAAAAGAAUCUGGAUUGGACUGCUGUGGAAAAAGAAGUGUACUUAUCUUUAGCAUUGUUAAUAGCACAGUUGGCAGCUUUAACUCACAAGGGCUCUGAGUUGGCCCUUAUUACUCCAGGGUCAGAUCCCCAUGCUAUUGCAAACAGCUUUAGGAGUUGA